AUGAGGUGCUCAUGUAAGGGGGAAAACACAUUCCAUGGCUGCCUUACACACACUACUUGUCCCCGUCCCUCUCUCUCUCUGAGAAGCUUUGGGGUUAGUUACUGCAGUACUGCCGAGCUGAGCUUCAGAACUGAAGGGGAGGGGUGGUUCUCCCUCUCUCUCUGAACCUCGUCAGUCUGAGUAGAACACUGAUAGUAUCGGACACAGCGGGGACAACUCUCCCACCACAUUAACUGCGCAGCAGCGUGUGUCUUCGUGUGUGUGUGUGUAGCGCUAAAGGGAGAGCACUAAGUGUGUGCCAGGAAAAAGGAGGAGUGUGUAAAAGGAGAAGCAGCACCAUUCUGCCUGUGUUUUCUCUCAGUGUACAGAGGGGCUGGAUGUCUGGAGGUUUUCAGAGGAGGAGCUCUGAAGAGUAUGGACUCCACUCCAYUGACUGAACUAAAGGGUCAGUUGAAGAGGCCUUAGAAUGGGAUCACUUCUCACUUCCUCACUUGUCCAAAAGUGCACUUCAGUAUCUACCUCUCAGUGACUCUGUGACUCCUAGGCCUAUAGGGACUGCUGACUUCUUAUCACUGGUGUUGAUCUGAGUCAGCUUUAAUCAAUGAAACACCUUGCUCAGUAGAKGUCUGCCCACAUAGGUAAACAUGGAGUUCUCCGUGGUUUGACCUUGUUUUGAGGUCUUUAGCAGUUAYCGACAUCAGCUUUCCCCACGCACUCCCGAAGACCAGAGAUGAGUGUGUCUCAGCCCGGGGAACGUGUCCCCGUCGGGGGKAUGAAUGGCUCCGCAAUGAGGCUCCCCCUCCUCCGCACCYGCGACCAAAAUGGCAAUGCUUUCCCUGUCUCCUCUUCCUCCUCCUCUUCCUCCCCAGACUCCCUGCAGAGUCUGAGCAGCCUGGACGUCGACAUGGAAUGCGUGAUGUCGACCCAAAUCAAAAUGGCCGUUGUCUCACCCGCUGCGGAACUGCCUCAGACAGAGUUCUCGGAAUCCAACGACAACUCGGUGUCCGUCUACGUGGACGCUAAUGAGGACUCCUGGAAUGACAACCUGACCCUCGCCAUGAGCAUUGCUGGGAUACGAGAGCAUAGCAACGGUAGCCAAGGCGAUCUCCAUGACAACAUUAGCAGUGUGGCGAGCAACAGCGGUGGGAGAAGGGACUCUUCUCCGGACUCGGCGGCCACGGAGAUCCCCGGUGACGAUGAUGAUGUUGAUGAUGWGGAAGGGUCGUUCUUGUCGGUGAGCUCGGACAUGGUGAUGAGGAGAAUCAGCCUGAGCGACUCGGAGCGGCUCCCCAGCAGCGGGGUGUCCAUCCUGGAGGACUCGGACACGGCCUCCCCCUCCACAACGGCUCCCAUCCAGGCUUCACUCUCCGCCCCAUUGCCUGACCUCUGUAAGGGCCUCGAGGGGAGGAAGAGUCCUCAUGCUGGAACCGUCACCAUGGAACUCCAGAACCUCCAGACCGGAGCUAGCAGCUCACCAGGRCUGCCCGAUAGAGAGGRGCUUCAGGUGGGGGUGGAUCUGCCCAAGGAGGRCUGCACUCUGGAUGUUCUCCCCAUGGUGGAGGCAGCGGACACCGAGCCUGGUGUGGCACUAGAGGUUCUUCUCAGUGAGACUAUAGUGUCUCCAGAUUCUYAAGGCUUCACUGUAAUCUCCCAGACCUCUACCUCAGUACAAGUCUCCAAGGGUGUGYAUUUGGCAGUGUCCCCCUUUACCGUUCCCCAGUCUCCAAACAAAGGGUCCAAAGGUGCGAACCCCGCCUUCCGCAAGACCAAGGAACACCCGUGUGCAACUCGGGUCAAACUGAYCGCCGCCAUCGCCAAGACGGCGGUCACCACGACAUCCAAACCUGGUAGGACCGACAUCAAGAGGUUCCCCAAACCCGACCUGAAGAACGUCAAGUCUAAGGUCAUGUCCAGGCCUGCCUCUACAACCAGAACAGCCAAUCAGACACAGGGAAAAACUGCUCCGGCCAAUGAAAAGAAAGCGCCAGACGGAGUCAAAAGACAAAGGUUGUCUUUGGGUCAAAKCAAAGUAGCUUCGCUGAAGCCGAGCCCCAAACCCAGCCCCAAUCAAAACGCAGAGCCCAGAGUCUCUAACCAAUCCGAGAAGAGGAGGAUGGGCACUUUAGCCAAUMGCAUUCGCUCCACCUCCAGCAGCUCUCUGGGUUCAGAGUUGGCUGUGGAUGGGCACCAGAGGACCCUAACCCCAAAUGGAGAAGAGGGUACUACAGGAGGGUGUACUACAGAGGACACUACAGAGGACACUGCAGGGGGUGAGACACCUGUAGAACAAAGGAGAAGCAACGGCACAAAGGUCUCCUCCAAGCUGGGGCCCUCAUCGGUCAGACAGCUGCCCCAGGUCAAGGGCAGGGGGCCCGGGGGAGCGAGCAACACCGGGGGACCCUCCCUGUCUCCCACCUCUCCAGCUCCAGUAGGAGGGAGUUUUGGCUCCAGGCUGCCCCCUCCCGCUCCUCCUACGACGGGGAAGGACGGCCAGACCACUGGGAGUGUGUCUCCACCAAGAGGACGACCAAGUCAGCCAGCUGGUAUCCCCAAGCCGCGUGUCACAGACAGACCCUCUGGAUGCCUGGGCCUACUGUGGUGACCUCUAACCCAAAGCCAUCCGUCAACCAGGGGUUAGGUGCUGCUCGGCCUUCGGCUGCCACCGCCGCGUCCAAACUGCCCGUGAAGAACCUACCCACAAGCCUUAGCUCCUCUUCUCUGGCAGCGCCGCCAGCGAAAGUAAUGGAUCUUCAGCAGCCCCCAGCAAACUCCCAGCUCCAGUGGUGGGGGGCUGAAACCAGAUGAGAGGCCCAGCCAGCCUACAGUCCAGGGGGAACCCAGGGGUCGAUUAAGGCCCCCACCACUACCAGGCCACUGGGGUUCCGAACCAGAGCCCCUUCACUACCAGGGAGAAGCACUGCAACAGGGCUGAAGACUCCAGCGGUGACCAGCCAGGUAAGCGCAAGCAGGCCCAGACCCACUUCAGAGGGCCGGCUCGGCCAGAUUCAACCGCCCCACGCUGCUGCCACAGUGGACAAGAACAAGGCGCGGGGGACGCCGUUGGCGAGGACCCUCUCCCAGACGAGCACCACUACUCAGGUAGGAGGACCCAGCCAACCCCAGCCGUCCCAACCAGACCUGGUCCCAGUCCCUGCCGUCCUUCUCCCAGUCCAGGGACCAGUGGUCUCGGCAUCCCGCCCGGCCCGGGCUCUAGUGGAGGCUAAGCCGGCCACGGUGGCCCACUACCGUGCCCAGUGUGAGAAGAAGAACCAGAGCCUUCAGCAMRUCCGACGGCUCCUGGAGCAGGGCAACCGCAGGAUAGAGGCCUUGGCUACCGUGGUGCAGCACCUCUUCACCGAGCGUGAAGAGACAUUGAAGCUGAAGAAAGGACUGUCCCUGGAGCUCUCUAACCUGCGCGAUGAACUCAGUAAGAAAAAACCACCUCAAGCAUGUCUUCACUUCACCCCGCUGCUCGUCCACCCCUCUACCUCUUACAUAUGCACGUUUAUCAACGCGUCGGUUGCUCAAGGAAGAGCAAGUGUUUGCACGAAGCAGAAAAUCUGUAAAUAAGAAAAUGAUCAACGAAAACAUUUAAUCUGCCAAUUGUGUCUCGUUAUGAGUGAAGCCAACAAGUAUUUUUCUUCUUCACAACACUCAAUGUGAAUGAACCUUCCCUCUGUUUCACUCUCAUUCCCCUAACCUGCUGGCUUAUCAUUAAGGCCUUAUCAGGUCGUCAACUGCCAUCCAAAGCACUGUGUGCUUCUCUGCCUCUGUGUAGACAUUGUUAUUAGCCCCCACCCGCUAGGCAUGCUGUAUUUGGGAAGCGUGAAUGCAAGCCUCGGCAUGUUUAGCAAAACUGUGUGUGCCUGUGUGUACACCUGUUUGCGUGCAAGUACGUGUGUUUGCGUGUGUCGGGGAAAUGCAUUGAACUGAUGUUAUUGGUAGCCCGUGCAGCAGUCAUAAAGCCUUAAUAAUUACAGAUACAGGCAGACAGUCUCCUUUGUCCACGGUCUUCCUUCAAGCAUGACUUAACGUCUUCCCGCCAAGCAUUCACCACCAGUAGUUAGUGGUAGUCUCUCUGCAGCAUCAUCUUUGUUUACCCGUAUGGAGACAUGCUACAUCACUGUCMUGACAGGACAAUAGUCUUAACAUAAUGGGUUUGAGUGCUGUGGAACUGCUUGUCAGGGAAGGGGGUUGUUCUCUUUAGGAGGAAGUGUUCAGACUAAUUCUGGAGAACGUCUGGUGGUUGUAAGGGCAGGGAUCAGCAACUAGGUUACACCGCGGGAUGAUCUCUUUCUUGAGGAGUGGUCAGGGGGCCAGAACACAAUUACAAAUACUUUGUAGACUGCAAUUGACGGCAUGAAGCCCAAACAGUAUAAUAUUUGACUAAAACACAAUCAUUUCAAACCUUGCUUACAUUUGGAUACAAUCACAUACAUCUAUUAUGCGUGGGGUAAACUUAUGAACAGAAUAAAAAUCACUGGGAGCUGAUUUGCUGGUGUUUUUAGUCACUCUUUAAUUUGUUACAUGGGGGACCAAAUAAAAUCAUCUGUGCGCCAGUUGAGGAACCCUGUUGUAGUGCAAUCUGACAUUUUGACAACAUUUCGAUCCAUGUUUCCCCAGAAUUUGGAUGUUUUUAGAAUGUUCAAAUACUUCCAAUUGUAAAAACGUGCAUCCUUCCUCCCUUCGAGAUGAUCCCUGAUCUGACACGACUGGAUAGGUCAAUAAUAUGUGAUAGAAUCCAUGCUCACAGCUAUCCAUUUUUCUUAGUGGUGAUCAUUUCAAACAAGGCGGGAAGGCGUUUGUGAACAUGUUGAAACACUCAAUGUUCUGGAUGCGUUUCAUACAUUACAAGGCAUUCCGUUCUGUUCUGUUCCGCUAAUGAUGUCAGAGUGGCGUUCCAGAGGAGUGGGCUUGUUCAGUUCUGUUCCUUCGACUUGGCCCAGACCCCAGAUGUUGUAAUGUGUUACGAAAUGGAGAGGAAACGUGCGCCGUUUCACUUUACCCACGUGCCCCAUGACCGUCUCAGACGUCCUGCCAGACCUCAUCAAACCUCGCCAACUGUGCAAGAUGCCUUAGAGGCAUCUGGUUGGAACGCCUGUACAAUGUGGUUCUGAUGAACAAUACCAACGCUAGUGGUUCUGAUGAACAAUACCAACGGUAGUGGUUCUGAUGAACAAUACCAACGGUAGUGGUUCUGAUGAACAAUACCAACGGCCGUCUGCUGUCAGGGAUAUAGAGAGCUAGAAAGCCCCCUUUUAAACAGACAGGCACACACACUCACAUYKAUGAUAGACACACACACACAACACUCCAACUACAAUUGUGUCGUUUUAUURCUUCACACACUUCUCUCUCUCACACACAUUUUAUACAAACAUACUUUUACUACACAGUUCUAGUGAAAACCAUUCGGUCUCAACACACACACUCGUGCAAGCCCGGACACACCCUUUAACUGCCGUACCAAGCCCUCUCCCCCUAAAUGCAAACACGUGCAUAGAUGCACUUUUUURCCCACCGAACCUCAGCAGAAAAUGCAUCGACUACCAUCUGUUUGAUGAGCGGGGGCUUUGGUGUGCUUGUUGAACCUUGACCCCUGUUUUUACACAUGACUGUGGAAUGUAUGAAUCUCACUCUCACCACCUCCUUCAAAACUCUGCCUGUUAACGUCAGACUUUGAGAASUGCUAACAAGUCUCUUUGCUAUGUCUACUGUAUGUUUGACCAGCAGAACCUGUGUCAAUARGUUUCUCUUCAAGCUAGUGAAAGAACAUUGUCAGUCUGACUUCRAGGGAUUUUAUUUGUCUUUKCGACAGUUUUACAGUUAACAYUUCUAGGCUCUUUAUAAUGAGUGGAUAAUGGUCACAGUUAAAAUUUGCGGAUUGAGUUAAAGGGAUAUUUCAGGUUUGGCAUUGAAYCCCGUUAUCUACUUCCCCYAAGUCUGAUGAACUAAUGGAUACCAUUUUGUAUGUCUCUGCUGGUUAGCAUCGGCUUGCGAAACGACCUCCAACUUCCUUCAUACUGGACACAGAUACAUAGAAAUMGUARCCACGAGUUCAUGUUAAUCUGGGGYAGUAGAUAAAGGGGAUUCAUUGCCAAAAURCCGAACUAUCCCUUUAAAUCUGAUCCUAGAUCAAUGUUAUCUUGAGCUGAUAAUGGCUACAGUAACAGGCUUGAGUAAAUCCUGAUCCUAGAUCUGCCCUUAGAUACACAUUCUUUCCAGCUCCCGUCCUUGUUCCUUCUUGACCCAUGAUGUCGUGUUAUGAAACAACUUGUGGGGGGGG